AUGGCAUUAGCCAACCCAGUGCUUCCAUUUCACGAGACUGCCCCUGUAGCAAUGCGCAAUACGCCUUCCUCGACUGCGGCGACUAGAACAGAUGCAAUGCCGCCACAUCCACCAGCUACAGCCAAUGCUAACGUCGAUGGUCACGGUAUCGCAGUCUCAGAAAGACGCGGCAUUGCUACCGGAAAUGCUUCUUUUACAAGAGACUGUUAUCUCCAUUGGUGUAUCGAUUCGAACGCAUCUGACACCCUGCUAUUCCCCUUGAAGCUACUGCGGAUAGAUGAUGUUACCAUAAUCCAGAAGCUGAGAGCCACAUACAAGGCUGUGAAGGGAUUUCGCAAGUGGAUAUCUUUGACAGAUAUCGACAGUGUGAGAUUUGUUUUGUUCAAGAGAGGGGUUCAAAAUGACGGAUCACAAGACCUGAUAGUAUGCUUGAAAGAAGAUAUGCCACCAAAGACCGACACAAACUACCAAUACCUGAGUUCAGAGCCCCCGAACUUCUCCAGAAAUUCGCUACACAAACACUGCGGUACCACCUACAAUAUCCACACAAGUGCAACGCAAAGAAUAUCUAGAAUGUCAUGGAUAUGGUUCCCAAGAAGAUCAACGGAUUGCUAG